GUUUCGCAACCAUUCCAAUUUCGAAUCUCAGCGCGGUCCCACCGGCUCGCGGGAGACGCACCCGUUUGCGCGCGAAAAGUGACAGAGCGAUUUGUUUUUAAUUUUAUACUUUUUAAGUAGACAAAAUGGCUGUUACUAGUGCCAGGAGCAUUGUGAACUUGAAGAAGACCCACUUCGAACGUGAAAAUGCUAAGAUUGAUAAAUAUACGCUCGCGGACGAGCUCCCGGCGCAGCUGUCGGAGCUGUCCCUGCGCCCGCGCAUCGCGCCGGAGAUGCCGCCCAAACUCGCCUACACGCUGCGGAAACUCACCACAGAUGACACGGAGCUGACACUCGCCUUCCUGAGACGGUUCUUCUUCCGCGAUGAGCCGAUGAACCAAGCCGUUAAGCUACUGGAGACUCCGGAGUCCCGUUGUCCAGACCUGGAAGAGUAUUCAGCUUCGUCGCUGUCUCAUGGAGUGUCCAUUGGAGCCUUUGACGACCUUGGCGAGAUGGUUGGCGUGAUAUUGAACGGCAUCGUUACGCGAGAGGAAGCAGAAUACACGGACAAAUCGGAAGACUGUCCAAAUCCAAAGUUCCGGCGGAUCCUCAAAGUGCUCGGACACCUGGACCGGGAGGCGAGGAUCUGGGAGAAGGUGCCCGAGGACUGCCACAAGGUGGUCGAGCUCAGGGUAGCGUCCACGCACUCGGCCUGGCGGGGGCAGGGCCUCAUGAGGAUACUUUGCGAGGAGACAGAGCGAGUGGCCCGGGCUAUCGGCGCAGGCGCUCUCCGCAUGGACACUACCUCUGUCUACUCCGCCGCCGCUGCCGAGCGUCUUAAGUUCCGCAAAGUGUACUCGGUCGCGUAUGCGGACCUGCCCUACGCGCCUCAACCAGACGCUCCGCAUCUGGAGGCUCGAGUUUACAUCAAGAACCUGUGAAGAGAUUUUCCAGACGACCUUAGCUACGUACUCAAAGGCAACACAGAAGCUACCCAAGAAUUUAAUUUAGCUAUAGGGCGACACACGGUAGAAGUGUGUAAGUGCACAAAAAUGUAGAAACUUUCAUGUUACCUGAAAUCGCAGGGAUUAGAUAGGAACUAGAAUAAUAGAAUAUAGAUCGUAAAGAGAAGAGACCAGUCGAUUUGGUCUUAAAAUAUAAAUCCUAAAUUUUGUAUGCGAAGAGCUGGCUCUUUACCUUUUUCAAAAAUGUUUGUAUUUGUAUGUAAUCAUUGUUUUCAUUAUAAUAUUAAUAUCACCAAAUUUUUGCAUACAUACAUAUAUACUAAAGCUGUUAAGCAAAGAAAACAAUGACUUUACGAUCACUGCUUGGAGAAUUUAGGUCAACGGGCUAUAUGAGAUAAUACUCUAAAUCAAUAAUAACAGGACAUUCAUAGGGAAAUUCUAAGCAAAGUGACCUGUUAUGAUUGCUUUUGCGUGUAGAUGGUGAAAAUAUGUCUAAAUGAAUGUGCAAUGUGAAUUUCAUUGGCUAGUCAAGUUAAUUAAUUUAUUUCAGGUAAAUUUCGUUUAAAUUCCAAAAAUACAAUAAAAAAAUAGUAUUAUUCUGUUGCAAUCGAUCAAAUGAAAAAUUAAACUGUGAUUCUUGUGAU